AUGUCGGGCGGGCACCUGUCCAAGGAGUUCUUCGAGCUGGUCAAGUCGAUCGGUGAGAGCAAGUCGAAGCAGGAGGAGGAUCGUAUCAUCAUCCAUGAGGUGGCGAUGCUCAAGCGGAAGCUGAGCGAGGUCACGGCCACCUCCAGCACGUCCAGCAGCCUCGUAAACAAACGCAAGCGCGAGUUCCUCAUCCGCCUCAUGUAUGUUGAGAUGCUGGGCCACGAUGCGUCCUUCGGCUACAUCAAGGCCGUGGAGAUGACCGCCAGCACUAACCUUAUGCAGAAGCGAGUGGGCUACCUUACGUGCAGCCUUUGUCUAUCGCCGACGCACGAGUUCCGCUUUAUGAUCAUCAACCAGCUGCAGCGAGACUUGCAAAGCUCCAACCACCUCGAAGUUUGCGCUGCCUUAAUGGCAGUUUGUAAGCUCGUGACCGUCGAAAUGGUGCCAGCCGUGCAGCCCAUGAUCCUCGAUCUGCUGCGUCACGACGCCGAGCUGGUCCGCAAGAAGGCGGUGAUGGCUAUCCACCGCUUCCACCAGCUCAACCCGGACUCGGUCAGUGAAACGGGAGACGCACUGCGUCGCACUCUAUGUGACCGCGACCCCAGCGUCAUGGGCGCCACGCUGUGUAUCCUACACGACCUGGCGGAAGCCACCCCCACGGACUAUAAGGACCUUGUGCCUAGCUUUGUCAGCAUUCUGAAGCAGAUCACAGAACACCGUUUACCACGUGAGUUCGACUACCAUCGCAUCCCAGCGCCGUGGAUCCAAAUCCGUCUAUUAAAGAUCCUGGCACUGCUGGGUCAGGCUGACCAGCAGACCAGCGAAGGGAUGUACGAAGUGCUACACGAUGUGAUGCGUCGUGCUGACACUGGUAUCAAUGUGGGCUACGCUAUUAUCUACGAGUGCGUGCAAACUGUAACGACGAUCUAUCCGAACAGCACGUUGCUCGAUGCUGCGGCUGCUAGCAUUUCCCGCUUCAUCUCGAGCGACAACCACAACUUGAAAUACUUGGGUGUCACGGGGCUUGCUGCUAUUGUGAAGGACCACCCACGUUAUGCUGCAGCGCAUCAGAUGGCUGUCAUUGACUGUCUGGAAGAUCCAGAUGAGACGCUGAAGCGCAAGACACUGGAUCUGCUGUACCGCAUGACGAAUCCCGUGAAUGUCGAGUUCAUUUCGGACAAACUCACUCAGUUCCUGCGUGAAGCUUCAGAUGUUUUCCUCCGUACAGAACUGGUGUCGCGUAUCACGCAGUGCGCUGAACGCUAUGCUCCCAGCAACGCCUGGUACAUCCAGACUAUGACGAAUGUGUUUGAGCUCGGCGGUGACCUGGUUCGCCCCGAAGUGGCCCACAACUUGCUGCGCCUGAUUGCUGAGGGAAGCGGUGAAGACGAAGACCAGGAUAUGGAGCUGCGCCGUGACGCGGUGGAUACGUAUCUGGAACUGCUUGAGCGCCCCGUGCUGCCGGAUAUUCUGGUCUGCACUAUGGCCUGGGUCCUUGGUGAGUACGGCUACUUGUCGGACGCCAUGGAGCUGGAAGAAAUCUGCGAGCGCCUUGUGGAGCUUGUCGACCGUCCGUUCGACCAGGAAGACACGACGCGUGGCUACGUGCUCUCGGCUGUGACGAAGAUCACAGCUCAGAUGGGCCACACUAUCGAUGUGGCAGAUGCCAUGAUGGACAAGUACAAGAACAGCCGCAGUACGGAUCUGCAACAGCGCUGCUUCGAGUAUCUUGCGCUCACCAAGAACUUCUCCCUCAUGAACGAGGUGUUCCCUGAGGAUGCUAGUUGCGAGGAUAUUGAGGUCGAUCCCAAUCUCUCGUUCCUAACGAGUUUUGUUGAGAAGGCUGCAGCACAAGGUGCACCGCUAUAUGACCCACCUGAGGACUCGGACGAUGAGGAUGAAGGCUACGGCCACCGUCGCAACGGCGGUGAUUCGAACCGCCUGAACUUUGAAGCCUACAAGAAGCCUGAGAUUCCGUACCCAACCAAGCUUCCUCUUGCGGACCAGCAAGGUGCCUUUGGAGCUAACAAGUGGGGUGGCAACGGUGCCCAGAGUGGUAUGUCCGGAUUGGGCAACUCUGGCGGACCCGAUCCUGCUGGAGGUUUUGGCGCUGGAAAGCGUGGAGUGGUCAAGAAUGUGUGGGGUCCUACGGGCCUCAACACGCCUGAUAAUGCGCCACCCGGACAAUUCGGAUCUGGUGCCCCUGGAGGCUACCCGUCCGACCCUUACAACCAGGGCAACCAAGGCAACAUGGGCGGCCAGGGUGCCUACUGUGGACAGGGAGGCUACGGUGCUCAACCUCCCGCCUACGGUGGCCAGGCAUCUUACGGCGCUCAGCCUCCGCAGCAGCCGCCUCAGCCGGACUACGGUGCUCCUAGCAACUACGAUAAUGGUGAGCCUUCGAGCGAGGAUGAAGCCAACGGCAAUGUCGACGAGCGGCAGAUUCUGGCUUCUGCCAUAUUUGGUGGUAUUCCUGGCGCUCCGGCGCCGAUGCCUGGUGCUCGCCGUGUUGGCGCCAGCACUCGUGCAACUCUUAACUCAAGUCGUCGUACUGGUCGCUCGACUUCGCGGCGUUCAUCGAACCGCAGUGAACAGCCGCCACAGCAGCAACAGCAACCACCCCAAGCUCAAGUCCCUGUCGAGCAAGUGGCGCCCCCGCAACAGCAGUCGAAGGUGGAGAUGGACUUGCUCGACAUUUCAUUUGAUACCCCGGCCGCUCCGCAGAACGGAGGGAUGUUCCAACAGCCCCCACCACAACAGCCCAUGAUGAACGCGGACCCGUUUGGAAUGGGUUCUCCGCUGGCACCGGCGGCUGCUCCUGAAGCUAGUUCUCCUGCCCCCUCCGCGUCGUUGGACCCCUUCGACAUGUCAGGUCUCGGCUCGAGCAUGAACGCCGCUGUUGAGCUUGGCAAGAGCCCUGUCAAUGGUUUGGAUAUGUUGAGCGGCAGCAGCAGCACCGGCAUCUUCCAGUAUAACGGACGGCAGUUAGAGCCAUGGCAGAUCACUACGCAGGACUUUGGAGGUCGAUGGGGUGCCUGCCCGUGCGAGAAGAAGACCAAGGUGAACCCGAGCGGUAUUCGAACGCUUGAGGACUUCAUGGGCCGCAUGCACCAGUUCAACGUGCAUACCGUCGAAGCCAUUCCGACCACCAACGAAGCGAUUGCGGCUUGUCGCCUGGUGAAUUCGGAACACGUUGGACUGAUUCAUGUGAAAAUCCGUAGCGGUGGCUUCGUAGAUCUGACGGUUCGCACCGCCGACAUGGACUUCUCCGACCAGCUUUUGGAGGCCACAGCUCAGCGACUGAAGUAGGGACUGCCAAAUAACUCGGCGUAAAUGCAAAAUGUUGUCAUGCGA